UUUUUCCUUUUUUGUUGGCCCCCCGCAUUUGUACAAAGUGUCCAAAGAAUCUGUAAUUCCAAAGAGAAUUUGCUUUGGAAGGGUGGUCUUUACAAAACCCACACACCCUUCAUAACUCUCUCUCUCUCCUCCUUCUCAGGCGAUCAACCUUUCAUUUGGUAAUCCUAGAAACUUGGAUUUUUUAAUGAGGAAGGGUUUGAAGAGAAAUGGCUGCAAGUCAGUUUCACACCAGCUCUUUAAGGACAGAGCAAAGAAUCGAGUGGAUGAUCUUCAGAUGAUAUUUUCAGAUCUGCAGUCAGCAAGGAAAGACAGCCGCACAGUUGAUGCUGCAGUUCUUGAAGAGCAGGUCUAUCUAAUGUUACGUGAAUGGAAAUCUGAACUUAAUGAACCCUCACCUGCGUCUUCCUUGCAAAACGAUAGUCUUGGCACAUUCUCUUCAGACAUUUAUCGGCUGUUGCACCUUUGUGAUGAAGAAGAUGAUGCAACCAGUCCAUUUGAGCUUCCUCUGCCAAAACCUGAGCCUGAUGUACAAAAAUGUCAAGUUGGGGAUGCCAUCGGCUUCUUAGAGGGACCUGAUAUCAAGCCUGGGUCACAGGAGCAGAAUUUCUCACCCGUUGAUCAAUGCAAAGGAGCUCCUGGAUUUCGCAGUUCGACGGCAACUAAUCUGGAAAUGGCAAAUCAGCUAGACUAUAAUCAAUAUAAUCUGCAUCUGGACCUUGAAAAUCACUAUUUUGGUGGAUAUAAUGGUGUUGAUGUAGGUGCACUGUAUGCAAAUCCCAUUUCAGGAUUCAUGCCCAAUGUAUGCCCACCACCUGCUGCUUUCCUGGGACCAAAGUGUGCGCUCUGGGAUUGUCCCAGGCCUGCUCAAGGAUCAGACUGGUGGCAAGACUACUGUAGUAGUUUCCAUGCUUCUCUCGCAUUAAAUGAGGGCCCUCCUGGAAUGUCUCCAGUCUUACGUCCUGGAGGCAUAGGCCUGAAGGAUGGUUUACUUUUUGCUGCUUUGAGUGCAAAAGUACAAGGAAAAGAUGUCGGCAUUCCAGAAUGUGAGGGAGCUGCAACUGCAAAGUCUCCUUGGAAUGCCCCUGAGCUUUUUGACCUCUCAGUUCUUGAGGGUGAGACUAUAAGGGAGUGGCUCUUCUUUGACAAGCCUCGAAGAGCAUUUGAGAGUGGAAACAGAAAGCAGAGAUCACUGCCAGAUUACAGUGGCCGAGGUUGGCAUGAGUCGAGAAAACAAGUCAUGGACGAGUUCAGUGGGCUGAAAAGAUCUUAUUACAUGGAUCCUCAGCCACUGAAUAACUAUGAAUGGCACCUCUAUGAAUAUGAGAUCAACAAGUGUGAUGUUUGCGCACUAUACAGAUUGGAACUCAAGCUGGUUGACCGUAAAAAAACUCCCCGAGGGAAAACGGCGAAUGAUUCUGUUUCAGAGCUCCAAAAGCAGAUGGGUAGGCUUAGUGCUGAGUUUCCGCUUGAUGGCAGACGUCCGCUGAAGGGAAGGACUAAGUUCAACAGUAAAGAUGGUGUUGGAAAUCUCCACUCUGAUCCAACCCAGUUGAUCACUGCAGAUAAAACAUCGUUUGAUCAUGGAGUUGGUGCACCAUAUGGGUAUCUUGUGGAGAAUCUAGGUGAUUACUACUUGAAAUGAAGGAGAGAAUACCAAUGAUCUCAGACAUAUCUAGUUGGCGGAUUUUGUUCAUCUACUGACAGCUCCAUUUUUAGUCUUGAUCAUCUACAAUAACAUCAGUGAGAUCCUCUUUUUUUUAUAUCUGAGGAUCUUGUAUAUAGCUUGUUGCGGUUUUUUAUUGUCAUUGCUGGAGCAUAAUUACAAAUGAGAAGGGUUACAACUUACGUACAGCGUAAAUUGCUGUUACUUCUACUGAUUAUAGUAAAGGCCAUCACAUUUGGUAGGGUGGAUGUACAUUCUAACGCUAGUUUCUACUACAUGGUAUGGAGACUGCACGUUGAAUGCUGGUGCACUUUGUUUUCGGCUACGAGAUGAGAUACAUUGUCAACUCUCCCUCGUUGUCAUGUUAUCAUCUCCCAAAGUUAUGUAAAUGACCAAUUCAUGUAUGAGUGGAAAUCUUUUGACAUGGUGCUGUAAUGUUAACAUCUAGAAGAUGAGAAUUAUUUUCCCUAAAUGUAGUGCUCUGCAUGCUGCAUAGUACUGAAGAGUUGCGAGAAAGAAUUGGAUAUUUCUGGCUGGUUAGUGGUUACUUUCUAUUUCAUCAUUUCAUGUAGGAAAAAUGAUAACCUUGUCUUGCAAUUGAUGGGAUAUACCCAACUUUUUGCUUCUGGCUUA